UGUGUAGUCGGGUUGACAAAUCAAAUAUGAAAUACGUUAUUUCCAUCAUUGGAUUAUUUGCUGUUGCUAAUGCAGCUACAAUAGUUGUACCAGCAACUACACAUUUGGUGCGAUCACCUGCCCAUGACUCGGCAAUUGUACAGUCAGAACGAUUAGGAGGAAGUUUUGCUUACAGCACAUUAGAAGGACAUGCAUAUAAAGCAUAUACUCCCGUUGUAGCACAAUAUGCAUUGCAAUCACCUUUAGUGUAUACCGCUUCUGUUGGACCUCAAUUAGUUUAUCAUCAACCUGUUUACUCACAUUCAUAUCUCGUACCAGGAUCAAUUGUAGGUGCAGUUCCAGAAGCCCCAAAAAAGGAAAGUCGGUCAGAUGAACCGAAGCCGGAAGAAAAAAAAGAGAAUGAAGAUAGUGUUGUUGUCGAGUCUGCCUAA